AUGGCCUCCACUCUAACCGUAAAAGUACAUCCAGUGGUUUACUUAACCAUAGUGGAUGCGUUCGAAAGACGUUCCAAUAAACCAGGUGCAAAUGAUAAAGCCUUGGGUACACUGCUGGGCUUUUAUGAAAAGAACGCAAUUCAGGUGACGAAUUGCUAUGCGAUACCAUUCAGCGAGCAAAAGGAGGACACUCCUGAGCUCGAUGAUGGCUUCAACCAAUCGAUGCUGCAAAUUAUGAAGCGUGCAACACCCUCUGAACAACCUGUGGGUUGGUUCUACACUAACGCGGACCUAUCAGCGCAUUGCUUGCCGUAUCACGAUUACUACAAUCGUCUUAUUAUCGAAUCAUCCGCUAAAAAGGAUCCCCCUCCAGUUAUAUUGCUCACUGUAGACACUACUUUUAGCUCGCCGGAUGAGAAAUACCGAAUGCCGGUUAGGGCGUACAUUCGGUGA